AACAUCAUUCAUUCAAGCAAAGGGCAGAUAAAUCUAUAUGCAAUGUCAGUUUCAGACGAGAGAGACAGGCCUCACCUAGUUUUCCUUCCGAGCGGCAUCGGAAACUCGGCUCUACUCUUCCGACUCGCUGCAGCGAUGGCCUCGCGCAACUGCAGAGUCACCUUCAUCAACGUCCACCCGCCUCAACCCGCCUUCCCCAACCAGCCCGGUGUCGAGGUUCUUGAUUUCGAGAUGCUUGCAGUUGCAGAUACAGCUUCCUUAGACGACGGCGAUCCAUUUAUAGCACGCGCUGCAGCCAUCAACCGCGCAUUCCGUCAACUAAAUCCGAUCCUAACUUCUCUACAAGCCUCUGCUAUAUUCUCGGACUUCGCCGUAGCAGCCACCCUUGCUGAUCUCAACAUUCCCCUCUUCAUUGUUUCCACCACCUCAGCAAAGUUUCUCGCCCUAGUCGCGAACACCCCGCGCCUGCUGUCUCGAGACCCCGACGCGUUUAGCAACUGCGCGGGAGAGAUUCAAGUGCAGCUGGGAAUGCCGUCGAUACCGAAAGCCAGCAUUCCUGCUGCUUGGCUGCACAAAUCCUCAUCAAACAAUCUACUAACAGCAUACCUUCUACCAAAUGCUCGAGCGCUCUCACGGGUGAGAGGCGUCGUCUUCAACACUUUCGACUGGUUCGAGCAAGAGACGCUGGCGGUGGCGGCCCUCGACAGCAGCCGGCCGCCGCUUUUCCCGGUCGGGCCACUGCCAACUCACCAGCAACAGGGAGGCCAUCAAUAUCAUCUUCCGUGGUUACGCGAACAACCUGCAAAAUCAGUAGUGUAUGUCAACUUCGGCAGCCAAUUAGAAGUGAUUUCACAAGAUCAAAUAGGAGAAGUGAGAAAAGGGCUGGAGAUAUGUGGAUAUGGUUACCUCUGGGCGAUGGCUGAAGGCGAACCUUGUUUUGAGAGACGCGGCAAAGGGGUGAUAGCGAGAGGGGGAGUGGAUCAAGAAAGGGUUCUUGCUGAUCCUGCCAUUGGAGUGUUUGUGAACCAAUGCGAGUGGCAGUCGAUUAUGCAGGCGGCUUGGGAAGGGGUGCCCGUGUUGGCAUGGCCGCAGCAUGGUGAUCAGAGGAUGAAUGCAGAAGCUGUUGAGAAGACUGGUUUGGGCAUGUGGAUGAAGGAGUGGAGCCGCGGAGGGGAAGGGGCGGUCGACGGGGACGAGAUUGGCCGAGUGGUGAGGCAGAUGAUGGAAGAUUUGAACAUCAACAAGGCGGCUGAGAUUGUGAGGGAGAGAGCCAGGGAAGCAGCCUCUGAGAAUGGUGGGAGCUCUCAAAAGGCUUUUCACAAACUAAUGCAUAUGUUUACAAGCAACAACAACUAUAGCUAAAGAUAAUAAUUAAUUUAACAUGUGAAAUUAUAUGUAUUUGUAAGUUUACUCUAUAGCAAUAUUUGUUUUAAUAAUAAUGUGUGUAUUGCAUUACAA